UGGCGUCGGAGCUCGCGCCGCUGUUUCCAGGCCACUGACUCACCAGUCCCUCGGUGCUCAGCCUCCCCCCACCCCCCACAGGUCAGGCUUGAAUUCGCCUGAAACGGGUGAGGGAAAUCCGUUAAACGGACGAUCUACGAACUCGACCCUUUAAUAUACGGCUCGCUGUCCAGCUCUUUCGCGCCUUUUUCUUUCUCUCUCUGUUCCUCCCAACUUUGGGGUCAUGAAAGUGGGUGUCCUUUCGAGGUAGCCGCUGAGUCGCACCUUCGCUGUCUCCAUUUCCCUCGUUCAACCUCGAAUUGUUGCAGCUCGUUCGCCGCGUCGUUCAUUUCUCCAGGCGAACAAAGCUGGCCUUUCAUGGCAGAGUUUUGAGAAAAUGGAACAGGAGAAAUCUUUUACAUUUAAAUUGUUUGUCCCUCCAAGGAUGAAUAAUGCCCAGGUAUCUGCUGUUAAACCACAGAAAAGCACAGGAGGUGGGGAAUUCUUUCAGGAUUUUAACAAGGGCAUGGAAGAUGAUUAUAACUUGCCUUUUGUGAUGAAAACUACACCAAAACACUUGCGAGUCAUGGACCAUGCAUCUCAGAAAGUAACACUUGUACCUGAAAUAGAUCAGGAGAACAUGGAGACAAUGGGCGAGCUUUACUCAAAGCUUUACAAAGAAGCUGAAAAGAUCAAGAAAUGGAAAGUAAGCAUAGAAUAUGAACUAAAGGAAAAGGAAAGAAAAUUGCAUGAAAAUAGAAAGAUGAUAGAAGCACUACGUAAAGCUAUUCAAGAGUUGCAGUUUGAAAAUGAAAGACUAAGCUUGAAACUGGAAGAUGAAAUGCAGGAGAAUAAAGGUCUUCUAAAAGAAACCAAUGCUACAAGACGUUGGUGCAACUUGCUUAAAGAAACAUGUGCACAGUCACUGGAGAAGUCUAACAAAUAUGAACAUGAACGAGAAGAAACCAGACAAAUGUAUGUGGAACUUAACAAUAACAUUGAGAGAAUGAUUCUAGCUUUUGAGGAACUUCGUGUACAAGCAGAAAACUCCAGGUUGGAAAUGUAUUUUAAAUUAAAAGAAGAAGCAGAAAAAACAGCACAACUUGAAAAUGAAUACAAAAGAGAAAUUACUAUAAUGGAAAAGCAGGUGUCAGCACUGACCAUGCAAAGUGAUGAAAAAGAUAAUAAAGUGAAAGAUACAAGUAUUCAGUUACAGAACUCAAGAAAGCUAAUUACUGAGUUAGAAGAAAUAAGAACACAACAACAGGAAAUGCUUAAGAAGGCACAAAGCAAAGAGCAAGGCUUGUUGACAGAAGUAGAAGAAACAAAAAGUUCCUUGCAAAAGUCAGAGAAUGCUUGCAAACAUUUAGAAACUGAAUUGCAAACUGCAGUGGCAACAAUAAUUCAACUCACUGAACAAAAAGAAAGGACAGCAGAAGAACUUAAAGAAACCAGAGUAAUGAAUGCAUCACUUUCUGAUGAAUUUCAGGCUACUGUUUCUAAUUUGAAGGAUCUGCUGGAGAAAGAAGAAAAUAGAAAGAAGGAACUCAGAGAUGAGUCAGCUAAACUGAUGUUGGAACUUCAAAAUAAAUCAACAGAACUGGAAGUGGUAACCAAAUUGAAAAAUGAGAAAGAAAAACAAGUUGAAGAAAUGGUAAAAACCUUGGAAAAUUUGGUAAAAAUUCAAAAAGAUGUGGAGCAUCAAUUAGAAUGUGAACGAUCAGAAAAAAAUGUAUUAUUAAAAGAAGAAGAAGCUAGACAUUUCAAUGACUCUGCUAUUCAGGUGCAAAUCCAAGAACUUUUGAAUGGAAAACAAUUUUUAGAGAAGACCAUUGAGAAAUUACAAGAAAGAGAAAAACAACUGAAUGAUACUACUCAGAUCAGGGAGAAAGAAAUACAUGAUUUGGAAAUGCAGUUAGCUGAUGAAUCUGAAAAUAAACAAAGUUGUUUACAGCAGCUUACAGCAGUGAAAGCAGAGUUUGAAAAAGAACGAUUAAGGAAUGAGCAACUUAGUAUGGAUUGGGACAAGCUUUUAAUGGAUAAAGAACGUCUUGAAACAGAAAAAAGCCAUUUGCUCCAGGAACUGCAAAAGCUUCAAGAGGAGCUUAAGGAUUACAGAAAAAUAGCAGACAAAGCUGAAAUACAAAUAGAAAAUCUGGAAGAAACAAACAUCCAGUUAAGGAAUGAACUGCAGUCUCUGAAUGAGAAGAUGAAAAUGACAGAUGAAGAGGCAAAAAACAAACUGGAUGCAUGUGAAGAAAAUGUUAAAAACACUGAAAAAGAAAGGUUAAAAAAGGAAAAACAACUGAAGACAUUAGAAAAUAAGAUUAACAGUUUAAAGAAACAGCUUGAAAAUAAAACAAAACACAUGGAAGAACUGCAGCAAGAAGUGACUAAAUUACAGCUAGAAUUGGAAAAUAUAAGUAAACUGCAUAAAGAAACAGUUGACAACUACAGAAAUGAAAUUGAGGUAGCAAAGGCAGCUGAAAAAAAGCUUCUCAAAGAGAUAGAAGAAAUACAAUCUGUAGCUGAUGAAGCAACAGCAGUGCAGAAAGUACUAGACAUUCAAUGUCAGCACAAGAUAACUGAAAUGGUAGCGCUUAUGGAAAAACAUAAGCAUCAAUAUGAUAAAACAAUUGAAGAAAAGGAUUCAGAACUAGAAUACUAUAAGACAAAAGAGCAGCAGCUAACAUCAUCAGUAAGAUCUUUGGAAAAUGAACUUGCUUGUAAGAAAAAUAAACUUUCUUUCUUUCAAGAGCAACUUACAAGAGAAAUAGAAGAGAAGGCAUGUAACCACCUCACUCUGAGGGCCAGGGAUGACAGGGCCAUGCGCUUAAAAGCCGCCCUAUGGGAAAAGUCGUUAAUGGCCACUGACAGAGCAACUGCGAGGCCAUCUACGUCAGUCGAUAAUCAAGCUGACCGGUCCCAACUGCCCUCUAUGAGCUCUGCCCUGCCGGUUGGACAAGCACCAAAAACAAUGGGCACAACGAAGCCUCAGGCGGAAAAAAGAGAGGACGCACCAGCAUCAGCGGCAUUCGCUGCCAUCCCCACACCGAGCAGCACUGGCAGAAUCAGCAGCACCGGCAGCUGCUUGGCACCGAGAGUCGAUUUUGCCACGGCGCCAUGA